AAUAAUUCAUCCUCACCAGCUGAGGAUAUGGUAAUAGUCGCCUUUUCCUCUUCUUUUCAUGUGUGCGGGUACGCCUCGAAGAAAAAAAAGCCAUCCAGGACUAGAGUCGAUGUGCCUUGUGUGUGCUGACCUGUAGACACACCAGUUGGUUUGGCUUUUGAUACUGUGGUAAGCAAAUAGUGUACUUGGAUGAUCAACGUGAUGCUUAUAUGCUAGGUUGGUUUCUCAAAGCCACUGUAACUAUAUCCUAGACAGCAUCAUGUUGGGCAGACAGACAUGAACAAAAGGCCCUCGUCCAGAUCAAACCCCAGGAACCUUGUCCGUGAAGGACAAGCAAUCACAAAGAAAGGCUAUCCCCGUAGCGUAACCCGAUUUACACCUCUCCUCUCGUCUCCUCUCCCGGGAGUAUCAAUAUCAGAGUCAGACUCCAUUCCGUGUCGUACCCUACCUCACCUUACCUUAGGUACCCUGGGCCUGCCGAUGUGAUAUCCACCCUCGAUUGAGCUGAGAUGCAGAUGCGGCUACUACACUCAGGGACUACGCCACUUGCACCGUUUGGUCUGAGGUGUGGUUCGAUUGAAGAUAUCAUUGCUCGGGAUGUUAUGUCCUUCCCUCCAGCUCUUUCUCUUUCUUGCUCUCCUUGAUAUAAAAUCCCCGAAUACGCCAUCGAAGAAACUCUCCUUUGUCAGGUCCCUUAGCAUCAGUUGCCAUCUCACGUCACCAUUCCUGAGCGUCCUACUCUUCUCCCUUCCCCUACCAUACAGACACCACCAAGCACCUUUGAAACCAAGUCACAAUGGUUCAAUUCACUCGUGCCAACUCGGGCAUGUCUGGCUUGCCUACUGAGGAAGCCGUAGCGGAUCGCAGAGCAGGCAGUCCCAUCCCCAACCGCGUGAGAAACGCCAUUGUCAUCGUCCUCGGAGAAUUCUGCGGAACCUUCAUGUUUCUUCUCCUCUCCUUCAUCGGUGCCCAGACUGCCCUCGUUACCAACAACCCUACCAAUUCUACUGCCCCCUUGGAGCCCUUCUCAUUGAUGUACGUUGCUGCCUCUUUUGGUACUGCUCUCGCCGUCAAUGUCUGGAUCUUCUAUCGUGUUAGUGGUGGCAUGUUCAACCCGGCUGUGACUCUCGGUCUGGUCCUCGUCGGUGCUGUACCACCUCUUCACGCCCUUGCUAUUAUCCCUACACAACUCGUUGCCGCUAUCGCCGCUGCGGGAGUUACUGACGGUCUCAUCCCCGGACCCCUCCUCGUCACAAAUGCUCUCGGCAAUGGUACAAGCAUUGCUCAGGGUGUUUUCAUGGAGAUGUUCCUCACUGCCCAACUUGUCUUGACUGUUUACUUCCUUGCCGUUGAGAAGCACCGCAGCACACAUCUUGCCCCCAUCGGCAUUGGUAUCUCUGUCUUCAUCGCUCACAUCUGCUUGACAAACUGGACUGGCACAUCCAUCAACCCUGCUCGAUCCUUUGGCCCUUCAGUUGUCGCUGGUUUCCAUGGGUAUGAUUGGAUCUACUACCUUGGUCCCUUCAUGGGCUCUUUCCUGGCCUUCGGCUGUUACAAGAUCUUUAAGGUGCUCGAGUAUCAGACCGCCAACCCUGGGCAGGAUGAUGACGACUUGGAGAGGGGUAGCAAGCAUCACUUCUUCGAACAUCACGAGAAGGAGCCCAUCGCUCACUCCCAGACCGACACUCUUGAGCCCAAGGACCAUGGUGCUGCCCCACGAAAUGAUAGCCCCAUUGACGGUCAGAUGAGCCAUGCCUAAGUUGUUCCCGGCGAUCGGGGCUGCUCAAAACACCAGCACUGGCUGUAUGACUGCGUGAGCAGUACAAGAUUAUGAGUUCCGUUACAUUCUGUCAUGGUACAGCGGGCUCUGACACAAGGCUGGAUCUAUGUGUUGAACCAUUCACUACUACAUCGUAUCAGUGUAUGUAGCACGACGAUGACUUUCUAAUGGGUGUUUUUGGGAAAGAAAUGGAGGGGAAAUUGGAUUAUACGAGGAGGAUGCAUGAUUAAACGAAGAUCUUUAGCAUGAGUUUCGGAGUACAUACAGUUUCAAUAAGACAUCUGGGCUUGCUAAAUAUAGUGCAGCUCAGUUACCCCGAUUAUCUUGAA